UUAUCUGAAUAUCUCUUUGAUUGACAAACAACAGACCCUGUCAACGAAUUUGAAUCAAUUUAACACAAACAAAAAUAUUUUCGUUGAAAUCAAUCAAAUUCUUAAAUCUCAAACAUUUCGUACGCCAUUUUGUAUUCGCAUAUCGGUAUCAAGAUGGCGUCCCAUGCGACGCGCAAGGCAUGGCGUGUAUCGGUCGUAACGUCGAGAUCCUUAUCAACAUUCCGAAGAACCUCGCAAAAUGUUCUUGCUUGCCCCAGUGCGCUGAGCUCAACUAUUAUUCGCAUACCAAAAAGAUCGUUGUUCGUUUUGCCCUUUGGUCUGGAUGUCGGCUUGGCUUUUGCUGCUAUGUAUUACAUCACCGCCCUGGAACGUCCUGAUAAAGAGAGGGUACAGAAAAUUUUUGGACACGAUCCCUGGAGUAAAGAUGAGGUUAAAAAUUCUGAGGAAGUGGUGCAUUGCAUCGCUCACCGAGGAGCUGCACUUGACGCGCCGGAGAACACAAUCGAAGCAUUUAAAUAUUGCGUUGAACAAAACUGCAAGUUCGUCGAGAUGGACGUGCGUUCGUUGCGAGACGGACAGCUGGUGCUGCUGCACGACGAGGGUCUGCAGCGUCUGACUGGAACCACGAUCAACAACGUGCAGUGCGUCGACUGGGACGCCAUAAAGGAUUACAACGUGGCCGCCAAUCAUCCGAACAGGGAGCAUUUCAAAGAUGUGCGCCUAUGUCUCUUCGAGGAUGCACUGGACUAUUUGCUCGAGAAUAAAUUUAAAAUGAUUAUCGACGUCAAAGGCGUAGAUCAAGAGGUGAUAUCCGGUGUCCUGGACGCGUUCGCCACCCGACCGGCUCUGUACGAGUCCGCAGCCGUGACCUGCUUCAACCCUUACCCGCUGUACCUGAUCCGUAAAACCGAUCCGAAAAUCAUUGGAGCUUUAAGCUAUCGUCCGUAUUGCUUUAGCGCGCAGGAUUAUGACGCCGAGAAUGGACCAACGAAUCCUAGGUUCCCUGACAGCGUCGUGCACCGGGUCGCGAUGCGUGCGUGCGACGCGCUCCACGGGGUCGCGUGGCGGCGGCUCGCCCGCUGGUGCGGGGUCAGCGCCGUGCUCCUGCACAAGGACAUUGUCAGCCCGAGCGAGGUGGAGUAUUGGCGCGGGCUGGGCGUGCGGUGCGUCGGCUGGGCGGUGAACCGGCCCGUCGAGAAGCUGUACUGGCGCGGCGUGCUGAGGGCCGCCUACCUCGCGAGCACGCUGCUCGGCGAACCGGCCGUGGAGAAACAGAGCAAAGAUAAGACCAGCUCUGACUGCGCAGCCUCUUCACCCGAACAAAUGCUGGACCCGGAACAGACUGAGCAGAACGUAUCGUCUGGACGAAAUUAAUACCAAAAACAUAACUUAUCCAAUCACUAACCCUAUUAAUAAUUUUAUUUAUAAACGAUUUUCUAGAUCCAUUGCCCCCAUUAAAUAAUAAACCCUAUCUUAAACCAAUUCCCUAUUAUUGUUUAUAAACCUUGUACUAAACCUUCAUUUUAAUUUUAUUAUAAUAUUUUGAGUUAAAUCAUUUUGAUGAUAUUAAAUCAACUAUAUUCAUUAUAUAACUUAAUAUACCAAAUAUAUAAUAAAAAUUUAGAUAAAAGGUGUCUUUGGACACAUGUGUGCUAGAAAUAUUGUUAAUGAAAAAAAAAUUUAUUCGUCACAUAUGUUUGGUGUUUAAUAUCAAUUUUGAUUGAAUUAGGAUUGGUAACGUACCUUUGAGGUUUGAGACUGAAAUCGUUGAGGGUUUGAGGCUGAAUGAGAUUACAAGGUGCGUUCUUUGAAGUAGCAAUUAAGGUACAUAAUAUAUAUAAAUUAAAUAUGUAAUUGCAUUCAACAUUUCAAGGUGUGAUUCUUUGGAACUGUGAGUUUUUAUUUUUGGAUUUUUUAAUAUAGUUUUUUACGUAAAAUUGCCCUUUAAUAAUGCAUUUGCUAUUGCAUUUUUUUUAUUAUAUAUUGGUUGUCUGUUUUCAUAGAUGCAAUUAAUACUACUUAUACAGGUUUGUUUGCAUGUUUAUUAUUGUCAAUACAUUAUUUGAGUCGUCUAUUAUCAAAGGUGGCAAUCUGUGCAAUUGGACAAAAAAAAUUAUAAUGAUAUGUCAAUACAGAUUGAUUUGAAUAUAAUCGUCUCCUUCAAAGAAUACAGUUCAAAACCUGCAUUAAAUAAAGGUUAAUACUUAACCUGUUAUUUAUCUAACAUGUCGAUCAGAAGAGUUUUGUGACUGCCAAUGGAAUACAAAGUCAAUAAUUCGUUUUUCUGAUUUACCAAUAAUUGUCCAAAAGUCACAUUGCCGGCUUUGAUAAUAGUCGACUCAUUUAUGAUACAUCAAAUACUUUAUACAAACUACUUGAAAUGUCUGAAACAAUAUGAUGACAAUAAUUUUGAUAUCCUGACCGGUAUCAACAGGAGACAAUAUAAACGAAAUACCACUGAUAUUUUCCAUAGUAGAAAACCGUAUGUGAGUUGUUUAAGAAAUUCUAGCAAAAAAUUCAAAAAACCUUUUUGGAAGUAAUAUUCCUAAGUUUGAAAUUGAUUGUUAGUUCGACUCCCUAAUGUGUGUGAGUUUAUUGUUUGUUUUUAAAUUUAACAUACUAUUUGCUUGAUAGAGGCUCAUUUUAUUCGCUUAUUGCGAGUCGUAGGAGCAAAAGGUAGGUAAGUAGUAGUUACGGUUCUUUCUAUUAUGUAUAUGAUUUGCAAGAGUUGGUUGCCACCAUUUUUUGUUGUUGCAGAUACAGAACAUUAGUUAUUAUUCGUAGAAAAAAAGUAAACAGUAUUAAAAUAAAGUACAAUUUAUUUAUUUAUUAUUAUUAUUAUUAUGUUUAAAUACAUAUUUUUUACAAUUGAACAAAUUAAACAAAAAAUUGUGACAAUUAAUGACAGUGACAUUGUUGACAUUUGGGUUAAGUUGCAUGCAGAAAUAUUUUUUUAAAAAACGAGUGCUUGAUGUGGCGUUGGCUAGUGGCGACAUCGAUUGAACAAUCAAUGUAUUUUGCUUAACGAAACAAUACAUAUGACUAAACUUUUCAAAAUCCUAAAAAAGACAAAUCCUCCAAAAGAAAGUAUUUUCAUGUACUUUAUUGUUCUCAUAAAAUAUACAGUACAAUUACCUGAAAUAACGUACAAUACUUUAUUAUGAAGUACGGGUGGCAACCCUAUUGACGCUACGCGACUUAGAGAUUCUAUUUGAUGUCGGUUUUGAAACAUCUUUGUUUUUCUUCGUCCCAUUUUAAUGAAGUAUUUCGAAAAGAUAUAUGAAAACAUAUCAGUAAUUCAUAAUAACAAGAAGAAGGAAAGUUUGUUCAAAUUUUGUAAAAAAAAUCUGUGAAAUGUCAAUCAGUAGCUCUUGUCAGUGUCACGAAAUGUCAAACGAGUGAAAUGAAGGCGUAAAUCAAAUUUAGAAUUGACAUUUUUGAAAAUUUAUUUCAUAAUUACAAAAAAAAAAUGUAUUUCCGACUUUACAAUGUUACGUCGCCGCGUCGGGUUGAAAGGUCGGGCGGUGGUGUCCCCUACCACCGGUCCGUGAAAUUACACAAAACUUUUCUGUGUGUUUAGUGCGAGUUUUUUAACUUCUCGAUCGGUAGAGGCGCUAUUCCAACUCCAUACAAAUUUGAGUUCACUUUUACGCUAUCGAGAACGUUAAAGAACUUUAACUAAGCACACUGGUUUGAUUUUUGUUAAUGACAUCGUGUUUAUUAUUCGUUCAAACAUUGGAAGUCAUUUUUGAACACGUGUUGAGUGCGUAUUUCAUUAUAACAAUCGGUAUUUACCCGUUUUCGGGAUUUCAACGCCGGUAAAGUCAUAUCGCAUAACAAAUCUUAAGUCGUCUUAAAUUAGAUAUCUAUACUAAUAUUAUAAAGAGGAAAAAUUUGUUUGUUUGUUUGUUUCGAAUAGGCUCCGAAACUACUGGAUCGAUUUGAAAAAAUCUUUUUCCAUUAGAAGCCGACAUUGUCCCUGAUGAACAUAGGCUACUUUUUUUUUUUUAUUUUUUUUUUUUUUUGGUUUCAUGUGUGUUUUAAUGUUUCCGAAGCAAAGCGAGGGCGGGUCGCUAGUUUAACACUAAACCUACUAUUGGUACUUUUUUUUCUACCUAUUCUAGUAACCUUGAGGGGCUAUUCUAGAUUCACCGAGCGAGUAGGUGAGCUCACGGGGCUCAAACCUGACGACGUUGCUAACACUAGCCCUAGCAAGAGCAGUGCUUGGCAGAAUCUACCACCGGAUCGGAAACGCGACCCACUGAGAAGAUCGGGCGACAAGCUCAGUGGGCUGUGUUGGUACCGGUCAUAUUGACCGCUCUGCAAUUUACGUAAAAUCAGAUGUUCAUUAGAACGUUAUUAACCGUUAUCGAAAUACUACGACAAUUCUUAGAAUGUAAAUAAUAAUUCCAUAAUUGUUAUUACCAGAGAUAUAUAGAUAGAGCAUGUAAUAUUUUCAUCACUGUUUACUGCCAGCUACUUUCUCAUUUCCAUGGAAAAAAAAAAAAAUAUUGCGUAGCAUUUAAUAAUAAAAAUCCGAUAAUUUUGCUAAGUACCAGGCAAUUUGUGGGGGGCGCGGUAGGGAUUUAUGUACGAGAAACCUUGGUAGGUUUAGUGUUAACAAACAAACAAAAAAAAAAAAAAUGGUUAUUUCUAAACAAUUUUUUUGACCUCAUUUUAAGUAUUAUAAAUAUACCAAAAACAUGUAGUUUUUUAACGUUUAAUUAAUUUAUUAGAUUAGAUUAUUUUUUUUAUAAUAUAGAAUGACAAUAAUGGUAAUUGUUACGAAUUUCGUGUUCGCAAUGAGUUUGAUGAUUGUUUAAAAAUAUAUCGAGGGGUGAAAGGCAAUUUGAUAUAAGCGACAUUUUUGAAAUUUUACAGGAGAUCCAUUUUAAGUUUAAAAUUUGGAAAAAAUAUCAGAACAAAAAAAAAUCUUUUUCAGCUUUUUUUUUUUUUUUUUUUUUUAUUGCUUAGAUGUGUGGACGAGCUCACAGCCCACCUGGUGUUAAGUGGUUACUGGAGCCCAUAGACAUCUACAACGUAAAUGCGCCACACACCUUGAGAUAUAGUUCUAAGGUCUCAGUAUAGUCACAACGGCUGCCCCACCCUUCAAACCGAAACGCAUUACUGCUUCACGGCAGAAAUAGGCGGGGCGGUGGUACCUACCCGUGCGGACUCACAAGAGGUCCUACCACCAGUAAUUACGCAAAUUAUAAUUUUGCGGGUUUGAUUUUUAUUGCACGGUGUUAUUCCUUCACCGUGGAAGUCAAUCGUGAACAUUUGUUGAGUACGUAUUUCAUUAGAAAAAUUGGUACCCGCCAGCGAGAUUCGAACACCAGUGCAUCGCUCGAUACGAAUGCACCGGACGUCUUAUCCUUUAGGCCACGACGACUUAAACGACGGCUAUUCGUAUGUAGUAAGCAUAAUUGAAGUUCAAUUGAAAACAUCGAAUCGUUGAUGCUAAUACCAAAAUAAAACGCACCUUUAAUUACAAUGAUAAAUAAAUAAAUAGAUAAAUAAAUAUUUACUAACAGUCACGCCACGUUAACUGGUCCCGUGAUAAGUUCGUAAAGAACUUGUGUUACAGGUACCAGAUAACGGAAAUAAAUGUAAGAUUUUUAUUAUACACAUAGAUAUAUAUUUAAUAUACAUCCAUAACCUUGGAAAAGUCAUUUUAUAUUUAUCAUACAAAUAUCUUGCCUUGGCGGGAUUCGAACCCGCGACCUCCUUGUGUAGUGACCAUGUCACUUACCACUACACCAGACGGCCGUAAAUGUCGCGUGUUAAGGAAAUGCCGCCUAAACCAAAUAGCAUUACACCCCUCGAUAUAUAAAAAUGUGUACUGGCUUAAGGACUGAAUUUUUCUAGUAAACAUUUAAGCUAUUGUGCCCUAGCAAGGAUCCGUAGGAUUUUGUGCUCGACCAAAGCAUUAUAACUACAUGGUAUUGACAUAGAUAAUAAUGUUGUUAUGACCUACGGAACCCAGUGAUAAUUUUUUUUAUUGCCUUUAAUUGAAAAUAAUUAGAACUUUUUAGGUUGAAUUGAAAUUGUACACGAGUGCUUGCUAUAAUCACAAUCACUGUAAAGAAUAUAGCUUAAUUAAUAACACAUUUGUAAUCUUGUAUUUUAUUGUUGGAUUUUACUCUUGAUGAAGCAAUAGAAAUUGACCACACAUCAAAUGAGCGGUAAUUUUAUUAUUUAUAUUAUAAACGUCAAAUUGUUGCCUCAUAGAAUAAAUCAAAUGUCGUGAAUAUGUAUGGCAACCCCGAAAGGGUUACCAUGUUUUAUUAAAAUGUGUACAUGAUUUUUUACUAUCGUCUACUCUAUGUGAAUGUAGCUUGUUUUUUAAUCUGUAUUUAUUGAAAUAAACGUUGAUGUUAGAAGUCGU